GGGCCCGGCGCCCAUGGAACCGUCGCGAUGUUCGCGCCCCGGAUUCUCGAUUUCCAGAAAACCAAGUACGCCAGGUUCAUGAACCACCGCGUCCCGGCCCACAAGCGGUACCAGCCCACGGAGUACGAGCAUGCAGCCAACUGUGCCACCCACGCUUUUUGGAUCGUUCCCAGCAUCCUCGGCAGCUCCAACCUCUACUUCCUGUCGGAUGACGACUGGGAGACCAUUUCUGCCUGGAUCUACGGCCUGGGCCUCUGUGGCCUCUUCGUGGUGUCCACUGUGUUCCACACCGUGUCCUGGAAGAAGAGCCACCUCAGGAUGGUGGAGCACUGUCUGCACAUGAUUGACAGGAUGGUCAUCUACUUCUUCAUUGCAGCCUCCUAUGCGCCCUGGCUGAACCUUCGGGAGCUGGGCCCCUGGGCGUCGCACAUGCGGUGGGUGGUCUGGACCAUGGCGUCGGUCGGCACCGUCUACGUGUUCUUCUUCCACGAGCGGUACAAACUCGUGGAGCUGCUGUGCUACGUGGUCAUGGGGUUUUUUCCCGCCUUGGUCAUCCUCUCCAUGCCCAACACCGAGGGCAUCUGGGAGCUGAUGACCGGAGGGGUCUUCUACUGCUUGGGCAUGGUGUUUUUCAAGAGUGACGGGAGGAUCCCCUUCGCCCACGCCAUCUGGCAUCUCUUUGUGGCGUUCGGUGCCGUGACCCACUACUAUGCCAUCUGGAGGUACCUGUACCUGCCCAGCACCCUGCAGACCAAGGUGUCCAAGUGACGCGGUCCACACUCCAUGGGCCCUUUGGGCUUUUGGAGCAGAGCA